CAUCGCUAAGAAAACAAAUAUGGCGGAACGCAAAUGCAAAGAAAAAUAAAAAAUAAGAUUUUUAUUCGCAAUCGCAAGUAUAAUUAAGGCGCGUACUAACAAUAAUUAUUACGCGUGUUUGAGAAUACGAGCGCGUUAAUGUUGUGCUCGAAUGUGCGCGUAUCAAUGUUGCAAUGCCAUUUGCACAGUCAACAACAAAUAUACAAAUUGUUAUUACGUGACCUCGAGAACGCCGCUAAAAUUGAAUUGCAUAGAACCGUGACAAAAAGUGUUUUUACUCAUAAGAGCUGCAGCUGCAUCGCUGCAAAGUGUUAACCGCAUCACAAAGAUGCCAAAUUGAUUAAUCAUAAGUGCGACUAUAUACAAGAAACGAAAAACAUUGAAUAAAUAACAAAAUACACAAACAAUGUCUGGCGGACGCGACAGCAGCGCCAGCAGUGGCAGCAACGGCAACGUCAACGCCAGCAGCGCAGCAGCCAACACAAACGCAAGCACGAACGCCAACUCGAACUCCACCCCACAAACGACGCCAACGCAGCAGCGAGCGCGCGGUCGGCCAGCAAAGCGCGCCACUUGCACUUGGUGUGGGGAGGGGAAGCUGCCACUUCAAUAUGUGCUACCCACGCAGACGGGCAAAAAGGAGUUCUGCUCGGAGACGUGCAUCGCCGAGUUCAGGAAGGCGUACAGCAAGGGGGCGUGCACGCAGUGCGAUAAUGUGAUACGCGAGGGGGCGCCCAACAAGGAGUUCUGCACCGUAAUGUGCAUGAACAAACAUCAGAAAAAGAACGGAUCCAUGCGACACAGCAGCGGCGCCGGCGGCGCAGGCGCUGGCGGUGCCACCGAUGGCGAUCGAAAGCUGCUCAGCAGCGGCGCCCCAGCUCCCACAGGUCCCUUUCAGUACGAGAGUUUUCAUGUAUUUGACUGGGAUGCCUACUUAGAGGAAACUGGCAGCGAGGCAGCUCCUCCCGAGUGUUUCAAACAGGCGUUGAAUCCGCCCAACAAUGACUUCAAGAUCGGAAUGAAACUGGAGGCACUGGAUCCCCGAAAUGUCACCUCCACCUGCAUUGCCACUGUGGUCGGAGUACUGGGCUCACGACUGCGCUUGCGUCUCGAUGGCAGCGAUUCGCAGAAUGAUUUCUGGCGUCUCGUUGACUCUACGGAAAUUCAUGCCAUCGGGCAUUGUGAAAAGAAUGGCGGCAUGUUGCAGCCACCACUCGGAUUUCGCAUGAACGCUUCCAGUUGGCCCGGCUAUCUCUGCAAGAUUCUCAACAAUGCCAUGGUGGCGCCCGAGGAGAUCUUUCAACCGGAGCCACCCACGCCACCAUCGAAUCUAUAUCAGGUGGGCCAGAAGCUAGAGGCUGUGGACAAAAAGAAUCCCCAACUGAUUUGCUGUGCAACAGUUGAUGCCAUCAAAGACGACCAGAUCCAUGUGACAUUCGAUGGCUGGCGCGGCGCCUUUGACUACUGGUGCAACUAUCGAUCGCGCGACAUUUUUCCAGCCGGCUGGUGUGCACGCAGUUGUCAUCCUAUGCAGCCGCCAGGUCACAAAUCGCGCAUGGACUCGAGUUCGGGAAAACAGCGUUGCCCGCGUCCUCGUCACACCGUUGUUGCCGAAUCCGAUGCCAUGGUGCCCGCCUCGCCGGUCACAGCGCACUUUCAUCCCAAUUGCAAGGCGGGACCGUUCAUCAACAGCUCCAAGCUGCCAUCGAUGGUAACGGGACAGACCCACGAAACGCUUGCCAAGCUCUGUCUGCAGGAGGUGCUGGCCGCCAGCGCCGACACGCAGCAGUUGUCGCGACUGCUCUUUGAGCUGGACGGCGAUGUGCAUAUUGUGACAGCUGCUGGCAAGAAUUUUACGGUGAAAAUACCGUCACCGCUGCGGAUGAAGGAUGACGAGAGUCUGGCGCAAUUCAUCAAGACGCUAUGCACCACAUGCAAGGCAUGUGUGAAUUUCAUCUCACUGGUGCCCGAGACAGAGGAGUGUAAAAAGUGUGCGACAAGUCGCAAGCGGCAGCUGGCGCAAACAUCAACGCCGCCAUCGUCGCCAGUGCUUGCCGAGAAGCGGGGUCGGCAGUCAAAGUCUGCCACGCCGACGCCAACAUCGCCCGCAGAGAAGCCGCUCAUCAUUAAGCAGGAGGCGGGCGUGAAGCAGCAGCAGGCGGCAAGCAAGGCGCAGGCAAAGACCAGCAAAGAGGCAGUAAACCACAACAAUAACAACAACAGCAACAACAAUAACAACAGUAGUAGCAAUAAUGGAAAGGUAAACAUUAAAACUGAGCCGAAUGGAGUGCAGCCAACAGUUGCCGCCGCAGCCACAGUCCCAUCACAGACACAGUCACAGUCCCUGCCCCAGACACAGUCGCACUCGCAGCCACAAUCACAAAGUCAAGCACAGGCGCUGCGUAAAGUGCGCUUCCAGCAUAUGAACAACAACGGCAACUGCAAUCAAGAAGCAAGUGGCAACAAUUCAGACUCCUCACCGCCCAGCAGCAACACGAGCACCUCUUCCAGCAGCAGUAGCAGUAGCAGCUUGGCGGGUGGCACUGCGAAUACGAGUGCGAUUGGAAAAUAUCUAGCACCGCUGGUUGCCGAAGUGCAUCCCGAGCAGCUGACUGCCAAGGCGCCUAGCGGCUACUAUAAAUCACCCACAACAUUAUCCUCAAGCGCCUCGUUUCCUUCGUCAGUAUCGACGCCAUUCACAGCCUCGCAAUCUGCCUGCUCAGCAGCGCCAGCUGCCAGUGCAGCCAAAGCAGCCACUGCGCCCGUUGCAACCGCUGCAUCCAGUAGCUAUGGCGGGGCGGCAAUCACAUCACCGCAUAGCACGCCGACGUCAGCGUCGUGUUCGCAUCUGCGAGCACAACCGAUCGAUUGGUCUAUCGAGGAGGUUAUCCAGUACAUCGAAAGCAAUGACAAUUCCCUGGCCGUGCAUGGCGAUCUCUUCAGAAAGCAUGAAAUCGAUGGUAAAGCUUUACUUUUACUUAACUCAGAGAUGAUGAUGAAAUAUAUGGGCCUAAAGCUAGGACCAGCCUUAAAAAUAUGCAAUCUAGUGAAUAAGGUUAACGGACGACGAAAUAAUCUGGCUUUGUAAAUGAGUCAACGGGAAUGGGACUGAAGCAGAUACAGAUGCCAGGACGCCAUCAAUCGGAUUUCCCCGUGCCGAGCCCAUCCCAGAAGUGUUAACAAAUUAGUACCUCCUUUAAAAGUAAAAGUAAACAUACAAAAACAAACAAGUAAGAAAGAAGAAAACAGAAUGAUAUGCAUAGAUUUGUAAUGUGUUUGGCAUUAAUGAAGUUAAAGCACACAAAUAAUUAAUUUAAAAUGUAAUUUCACAAUAACAUUCUAAUGCGAAUAAUGUCAAACAUACGCGAAAAAAAGAAAAACUAACAAACCAAAACAGAACGUCGAGCAAAAACUUCAAAUUCCAAAAACUCAUAUUCGAAAUAUCAGUUUUUCAUCCAAGAAAAACGUCAAAACAAAACAAAAAAUUACUUUUAAAUGCAUAUGCAUACUAAUAUUUAUUACACUCAACAUUAACAAAUGCAUACACAGACAAAACACUCACACACACGCACAUUAGGCACAGAAAAUAAUUGUAAUAAAAAAGAAUAAGCAUUUCCUUUGUAUUUCCAAAACAAAAAUAUGAAUGGAGAAUCCAAAUUGAAAAUAACUGUACAUAACUUUACAUAUAAUUUUGUAAUUAUGUAUGUAUUGAUUACGUUUCAUUAACUAUUACAAUGUUUGCUUAAUUUUAGCACUAUCAUUUAAGUGAGAACAAACAAUUUGUUUAAUUUUAUUUGUAGACACGUAAGCAACGUAGACACCCAACUGAAAGCAAAAAUGAAACGAUUCAUCUAAAUGUAAACCACAAUUACUCGAAAGCGCCAAAAGGUGCUUUGUAAAACAGACAAA